GAAGAGAAAGAUAAUAAGACAGAGAGAAAGACAGAGAGAUCAAACAACAGCAACUUGAACAGCACCAGUUAAGCUGAAGCUCAGUUCAGAAUGAAGAUCAUCAUCACCUUCUACCUGAUCACAGGUCUAGUGAGCUGCACUGAUGUGAUAGGCUACUCUGGGGGCAGUGUCAUAAUGGCCACAGGUGAUAGUCUGCGGUGGAGCUCACACAGUCCAAAGUAUAUCUGCAAGUUUGCAGGAGGUGCCUGCAAAACUGAAAUAUAUUCUACUGCUCAAAACGAGACUGUUUUUGAAGGAAGGCUCUCACUGUAUAAAAAUAAACAAGGAUUGUUCGCAGUGUUAAUCAGAGAGCUGAACCCACAGGAUGCUGGAAAAUACAGAUUUGGAUUGGGGAAUAAGUGGCAUCGGGAAAUAAAUCUGAAAGUUCAACAUGAUGCUUGUUGUGGGAAGUCAAUGACAGUGAUUGGACAUCUGAACAAGGAGAUCAGCAUCAGUUGUGACUAUACAGAGGAACAUAAGAGAGAAUGGAAGUAUUUAUACAAACUGAACGGUCACUCAGCUGAUUUGGUCAUUUUUACUAUGCCUGGCAGAAACCACAAAGAAAAGAAUUUUCACAUCACCGAUGAUAAUCGUUCAAACCUUUUCACUGUGACCAUCUGUGAUUUGAAAGAAGUGGAUGGUGGGGUUUAUUUCUGUGGCACACAGACCUGGAAAUAUCCAAUCAAAGUUUUCUCUUCAAUCAAAACUGUACAUCUACAUGUUACUGAUAAAUUUCCGAGUUCAGUUAGAGUGACUGGAUUCUUAGGAGGACGCGUCAUGAUGAAGUGUCGACACCAUCUGGAAAACCCUAGAGCCAGAUUCCUCUGUAGGGAAUCACAAGGGGAAUGUCCAGAGAAGACAUACACCAAUGUCCAGAACGAAUGGCAGCAGAAUGGAGGAUUUUCUCUGUAUGACGACACCAGUGGAGAGGCCUUAAUGGUGUUCUUCAGAAAUCUGUCAGAAGGGACCUACAGGUGUGGAGUGGACGUAUCAGAGUUUACUGAGCAGUACAUAGAAGUGAAACUGGAGGUGAAGGAAGAUCCUUGUUGUGUGAAGAUCAUCUCACAGGCUGGUUAUAUCGGUGAAACUCUCACAAUCACCUGUGAACACCCACCAACACUCAGAGCCAGUCUAAAGCACUUCUGUAAAGAGGAUGAGAAUCUCAUCUGCCAAGACAUCAGAGCUGCAGGGAAAUAUUUCUUAUCUGACCACAGCCAACCAGGACUCUUCACAGUGACCAUCAGUAAUCUGACCCUCAGUGAUGCUGGAGUGUACUGGUGUGGAGUAGAGACCAAUGAAGGGGAUAAUAGUUACACUUCCCUGAUCACAAAAGUGCAAAUCAGUAUUAUCUCCAGCAAAGUGAUCGGACAUGAAGGAGAUGCUGUUGAGAUUAGAUGUCCUUAUGACUCAAAGUAUAAGCAGAAUUCAAAGCAUGUUUGUAAAGACGAGUGUUUUACUGAAUACAGUGAUUCUCUUGUUUCUCAACGGACGACUCAAAACAAGACAGAGAGAUUUGUGCAUGAUAACAUCACGGCUGGGGUCUUUAGUGCGAAUAUCAGUAGAGUGACAGCAGAGGAUGCUGGGAGAUACUGGUGUGGAGUGGAAACAGGAGACGUCUUGAUGAAUUAUCUCUCCAUUGAACUGCAGGUCGUCAGGAAAGAAGGUGGUACAUGGGGGUCUUGA